AUGCUGUUUCUUGUAUUCCUCCUCCUCAACGCAGUUAGUGCCCAAUCUUUCCUAAUCGGUGGAGGAGUAGGUGUUGUCGGUCCCGGAAGUUCGUUAAAGAGCUAUAAGGCAGCUUCGUCAAAAUCAGAUGCCGCAUCAUCAUCGAAAAAAUUUUCUAUGUUUGCACAAGGACCAAAUGGCAUGCAAAGUAUCCAACAACAAAGUGCAGCAAGCAGAUCAUCGGCGUCGAAGUCAUCAUUUGCUGAAAGUCAUAUUGGAGGGGCUCAUCCGGGUGUUAUAAUUCCCUAUGGUAUCAAACAAGCAAUGCCAUUGUAUGUGAACGAUGCAGGAGGAAUGCUCUACCCACGAACAGGGUUGAUUUACGGACCCGGCUCACAUAUAGGAGGACUGUAUGGAGCCGGAGGAGUCGCAGGUGUAGUCUAUGUUGGAAAAGGCAUAACUGCUCGCCCUACAGGAAUACUUGAUGCUGGAGCAGGCGUUGCCGGAGUCGGAGAAGGCAUAAUUGGCUAUCAUGCAGGAGCACUCGGUACUGGAGUAAACGUGGCCGGAGUUGAAGGAGACAUGAUUGGUCCCCGUGCAAGAAUACUUGGCACCGGAGCAGGCGUGGCCGGAGUUGGGGGAGGCUUGAUUGAUCACCAUAUGGGCGCACUUGGAGCACUUGGUGUUGGAGAAGGCAUAGUCGGUCACCAUGUAGGAGUAGGUGGCACUGGUGAUGGCCUUGUCGGUUACGGAGAACGUGUGACUGGUGUUGGAUUAAACACAGGUAUUGUUCAAGUUCUACCUAAAAUUGCGCAUCAGAGCCCAGCACAUGCAGAAAGCAAUUUUGCUGAAAAGCGUAAAAGUAAAAGUGGAUUGCUAGUGGAUGAUUAA